AUGAAUAUCUCUGAACUCCUCAUCUAAGACUACCAAUCAAAGUUUGAAGAACUUGAUGAAUGCGAAUUGAUGGAAAGAUACAACCACAUUUAGAAGUCUAACUAUUUGAAGAAUAUCUUAAGAUCAUUCUACGUCUUUAUGCUCAAUGAAGGUGAUGAAAUAGUCAUAGAAUCUAUAGUUUAAGAUUCUUCCAAGACUAUCAAUUAAAUUCGUAAAGAAUUUAACGCCUUUAUAAAGAACAAAAAGCUCAACUAGUCUACCUUAGUUUCUUUCAUGAAAAGCAAGAGAUUCAGUCAAAUCCUCUACUACUACUUAUGUUACUACAGCUACGAUUGGAUUAUGAAGGGAUCUAUCUCUGAUAUAGAAACACACAUCCUCUGUAUCACUUACAUGAAGAAAUGUCUUAAAUCUGACUCUCUCCUCAGCCAAAUCAAGGUUUACAAGAAAUAACUAUGA